AUGAGUAGCAACCAAAGGCCCUCGAGGAGCAGACGGUCGUCCUCGUACGACCGGAAAUUGAGCCGUUCUAGACACAAUUCAGUCACCUCGGUUGACUCGUCCGUUGGACACUUGCUAGAUGAAAACAAUUUCGAAAUGUUUUCGGGAGCUGGGUCCGCUGUGAUCCCUUCAUCGGUGACCUCCUUGCAUUAUCCGCACAGCUUUGGCAACAGGCGAAGCUCGCGUCUUUCUAGGGAGACGUCGCCGCUUCUUAGUGCUGACGAGCACGACGUCGACUUGAGGUCCGUCAAGUCGCACGCCUCGCGAAGCUCGAUCGAUACCCAGUCCCAUUUCCGAUUCUUUUCGGCCGAUGAGAUUGAAAUGGCCCCCGGUGGGUCAACUUUGGAGAAUCCCGAAGACCCUGUCGACUACAACACAAACUGGGAGUACUCGGUGGACAAGUACUUGAGCGACGAAGAAGCACUCCAGGAGAGCCUUGCCACGGAUGAGCUGCCCAAUGACAGGGCCAAGUCUCCGGAAGUUGCUGAUUACGGCUCGUUGAACUUCGAACGGCGUAACCGCCGCAGCUCCGAUGGAAGCAGUGCGCGAUCAGACUUGCUUGAUGAGAGCAGCGCCGAUGCCAACAAGAUCGAUGAGGACUUUCACAAAGCUUUUCCUACUGUGUUGGAUUACCAAAGAUACUAUCUAGCUGAGGAAGACUUGGUGAUUGGUAUCGCUGGUUACCGCAACUCGUGGUGGAAAAAGACCUUGUACUAUUUAUUCUGCAUAUUGACGUUGGGGUUGGGGUACUUGAUACUACGGUGGUUCCCCAGAUACAGAGUCAAUUUCAUGGGAACGCGGAGCCCGCUCGGUCUCGCGGACUGGUGUGUCAUUGAAAACGAAUUUGGAGAGUUGCUGAUUAUCGAUAUUAAAAAGCAGAGGUUUAGCGAACGCCUUUCCUGCUUUUUAGCUCUUCCAGAAGGAGACUCGGAAAAGGACAUUGUUGUUCCUUAUUUGCACUCGUUUGUUUACCGGUACAUCAAGUUCUUCUACAACCCGGCGGAGGACAUCUUCAAGACAAACUCCAAUUGGUAUGAUGGGAGGUGGUUGAAUGUAAAGAACAUCAAGGACGGUAUUUCCCAGUCUCUCCAGGAGCAGAGGUUGGAAGUGUUUGACGAGAAUCGAAUCGAAGUAGAUGAAAAGUCCGUGUUUCAGCUUUUGGUCGACGAAGUGUUGCACCCGUUCUACGUUUUCCAGAUCUUCUCCAUUUUUCUAUGGUUGGCGGACGACUACUACUAUUAUGCGUCCUGCAUUUUUCUCAUUUCCAUGAUCUCGAUCAUCAACUCGCUCGUGGAAACAAAGUCGACAAUCCGGAGGUUGCAGCUGAUUUCGAGAUUCAGCUGCGAGGUGCGAGUGUGGAGGAAUGGGUUUUGGAAACAGAUUGAGUCGGUGGACUUGGUGCCGGGGGAUGUUUUUGAAGUCGACCCCUCGUUGAGUGUUCUUCCUUGCGACGCGUUGCUCGCAAACGGCGAGUGUGUCAUUAACGAGUCCAUGUUGACUGGUGAAAGUGUACCGGUGUCCAAGGUGAGCGCCACGAGGGAAACUGUUAAGUUGCUUCCCGAUAAUUUCAUUGACCCGGCUUUGUCAAGGUCCUAUCUCUUUAGCGGAACCAAGCUUUUAAAGAUGAGGUCUGCAAACGACGAGCCCGUCCAAGCAAUGGUAAUCAAAACCGGGUUCAACACCACAAAGGGAUCUUUAGUGAGAUCUAUGCUUUUCCCCAAACCAACUGGCUUCAAGUUUUACCAAGAUUCAUUCAAAUAUAUCGGCUUCAUGACCAUCAUUGCUGCGAUUGGCUUCACAUACUCGACUUACAACUUUAUCAAGUUGGGCAUCAGCAAAAAAGUGAUGAUUUUGAGAGCCUUGGACAUCAUCACGAUUGUUGUGCCGCCAGCAUUACCAGCAACCCUUACGAUCGGAGUCAGCUUUGCGAUAGCAAGACUCAAGAAGCUACAAAUCUACUGCACGGCGCCCAGUCGAGUCAACAUUGGCGGGAAAAUCGACGCCCUCUGUUUUGACAAGACCGGUACUUUGACUGAGGACGGGCUCGAUGUGUUGGGGAUUCACUUGGCAAAUAACGCUGAAGGACGCAAGGAAAUUGUCUUUGAAACUUUGGUCGAGGACAUCCUGAAUUUAAAGACGGUUCGCACGUCCGAUUACGAGACCAACAACGGCAAGUUUCUUCUCGGGUGCAUGGCGUCUUGCCACUCGCUUCGACUGAUUGAUGGAGAAAUCAUGGGCGACCCGCUCGAUGCUAAGAUGUUUGAAUUCACGAGGUGGGAAUACGAGGAAGACGUUGAGACCGGUAAACCCAUUGUUUCCAAUAACGGACAGUUUUACAACGUGGUGAAAGAAUAUGAGUUUGUCGCAUCCUUGAGAAGGAUGUCUGUUGUUGUGAGUGUGCCCAAUAGUAAUAAUAAAAAAAUUGUCUUCACCAAGGGGGCACCGGAGAUCAUGGUGGAUAUCUGCCACGAGGAGUCGCUUCCUUCCAACUUUGAAGAGCUUUUGCACCAUUACACCCAUCUAGGAUACAGAGUGAUUGCUUGCGCAUACAAGGGAGUUGACUCGGACAAGUUGGAGCGUGGUGACGCUGAGUCGGGUCUAACAUUCACGGGGUUUAUUGUUUUCGAGAACAAGUUGAAGAAAUCAACAGCGCCGACAUUGGAAGCAUUGAACGAAGCUCAAAUCCGAACCAUCAUGUGCACUGGCGACAAUAUCCUCACUGCGAUUAGUGUUGCACGAGAACUGAAACUACUACCACCAGACCAGGUGCAAGAGAUUUACAUCCCCAUUUUGGACGUCAAAGACGAUAUACGUUUUAUAUUCUGGCAGGAGGUCAAUGACCCCGAUAAGCGCUUGGAUUCGGAAACCAUCAAGCCGAUGGAUAUCAGACAGGACUCGAAGUACAAGUUGGCAAUGACGGGAGACAUAUUCAGGUUUCUUCUCACCGAGGUGAAAGACAUCAACAUCACCCGCAAUGUGUUGAUGAACUGCGACGUUUUUGCACGGAUGUCGCCUGACGAGAAGCACGAACUAGUGGAACAGCUUCAAAAAAUCGAUUACACCGUGGGCUUCUGUGGCGAUGGCGCCAACGACUGUGGUGCAUUGAAGGCUGCCGAUGUUGGCAUUUCGCUCUCUGAGGCAGAAGCUUCCGUGGCUGCACCGUUCACGUCAAGAGUAUUUGAGAUCUCGUGCGUCUUGGACGUGAUCAAAGAAGGCCGCUCGAGCUUGGUCACGAGUUUUUCGUGCUUCAAGUACAUGUCCUUGUACUCGGCGAUCCAGUUUGUCACCGUGACCAUCCUUUACAAGACAGGUACGAACUUGGGCGAUUUCCAGUUCUUGUACAUUGACUUGUUCUUGAUCCUCCCCUUGGCGAUAUUCAUGUCGUGGUCGAAACCGUACAACAAGCUCUGUGUCAAGAGACCCACCGCCAAUCUAGUCUCUCCAAAAGUCUUGAUCCCGAUGGUGUGCAACAUUUUUGUCUUGUUGAUGUUUCAAGUUGUCAUUUGGCUCUGGGUGGGACACGAGCCGUGGUACAUCAAGCCCGUGCCAGGCGACGACGAUGCCGUUCAGUCGUCGGAUAACACCGUGUUGUUUCUCUUUUCAAACUUCCAGUACAUUUUGAUCGCCGUGGUGUUGAACCAAGGGCCACCUUACAGAGAGCCCAUCCAGCAAAACGUCCCCUUUAUGAUCAAUCUCGUCGUGGCUACAUUGUUGUCCUUGUCGUUAUUUGCAAUCAAAGGCGACUCGAAAUUGGGCGACUUUAUGCAACUCACCGACCUCCAUGGCAAUUUUUACUGGUUCAUCGUCAUUUUUGCAGUGGUGAACCUCGUGUUGAUGAUGGUGGGAGAUUCGAUUUGGUUCCCCAAAUUGGCAAGACUUUACAAGAGGGUAUUCCAUAGGCAAUCCCUUGGUAAGAGUAAAAAAACGUUUAAGAAUUUGAAACGGGAGUUUACCCAGAUUCAAAGUGUUUAG